AUAAAAAGGGUUUCGGAAACUAGCGGUCUCACUUAACGAAGUGCGCAGUCAUGAGUUAUCGACGCCAACCGUUACUGUUGCUGUUCCUGACCACACUUUUUCAGACGGAGUUUUCAACAUGCGGUACCGAGUUCAGCCUCUACAAUGAAAACGACACAAACGUCUCACGUAACACCAUCGAGGUCAACCCGAUCUUAACUCUACACACAAGAGAGCUUCCUACCGGGGAAGCCAAUUCAUCUAAAGUAGCAGAGCUGGCAAAAGAACUCUCCGCUUUACAACGCCAAAAAAAGAAGGCAGAAAGGAGUUUGAGCAGAUUGAAUAGGAAUUACAAGGCGUACCUAACCAGAGUCAACAGUGAGAUCCGACGGCUGGAAGAGGGCAUAAAUAAUAACCCUGAUCAGGCUGCAGAGUUGAACAUUCAGAGAACUGAGAAACUCAAGAACCGCGAUGAAAAUGAACAGAAGUACAAGACCAAGUGGGCUACGUAUACUGGAGAGAUAAAAUCCAUGGCGACACAGAUGCAACAGAAGGAUGAUCAAAUGAAGGAAGAAGCUGUCAAAUCUUUGAAAAGGAUACAUCGAUUGGAAAGAGUACUUGGCAAAAUUAGCAUGAGUACUUAGCAAAAAUAGUCUGGUAACUUAGAGAAUAUAUGUGCAUAUUUUAAAAAAGUUUUUUUUUC